UUGGGUGCAGCGGUCAGUGUGUAACCUGUCGUCUACGCGGGACUGUAACACGUGACAGGGCUACAAAGGAGCCACGGAGUGUGAGUGACCGAGCGAGUGGCGGGCUGGUCUUGUGCCAUGCACCGCGAGCUGACAUGAUAUAAGAGACAAUUCCCUAACGCACGGUUAUCUGCCCGUCCAGAACCGCAUCCUGUAAGCACUCUGGGCAGGGUUCACACCUCAGCUUGGAAUUAGUUUGUAUUUCUGAUGGAGCUUCCUGUUGGGGACUGGCAAGACUAUGCCCAUCGCAAGUGGUCACAGCUAUCCGCACAUGAAAAAGGAAAGUUUUCUCCAGGAUCAGAUCUUAAGGAGAGCUUCGAUGCUUGUUGGUCACACCUCCAGCAGGAAGAAGAGGAGGCAUUGGAGAGGUUGUGCAGCAAUCUGGGUGUUGGGAAAGAGCCUCGUGCUGUGCUAUUCUACAAGGAAGAAGGAAAUAAGAGGUUUGGAAGAAAACAGUACACAGCUGCAGCAGUACUAUAUUCCAAGGGUAUCUCACAUGGCAUCCCUGGCACGGAGGAGAUUGCAGUGUGCUUUGCCAAUCGGUCAGCAGCUCUCUUUCACCUUGGCCAUUACUCUGCAUGUUUGGAGGACAUUAAUCAUGCACAAGAGCAUGGAUAUCCGGAGCGGCUACAGAGCAAAAUUCUUCUGCGACAAGCAAAUUGUUUGCAAAAAUUGAAGCAGUGCGACAUUUCUAAUACGAAAUCCCAGAGAAGUGUAAACCACAAACCGCAAGAACUGAAGGGAAACCCUAAGCUAACCAAUGCAUCCAGUGCCCUGAAAAUCAAGUUUAGCUCUUCCAAAGGGCGCCACUUGGUGGCUUCUGAGGAUAUAGCGCAAGGUGAGCUCCUAGUAUGUGAAGAAGCGUAUGUCAGUGUAAUAAUCCCUGACAGAGAGACAGUCACAAAGAAAAACCCAUGGGACAUUUCAGUUACAAACUGUGAUCUUUACUGUCACCACUGCCUACAGAGAAUGCUGGCGCCUCUACCUUGUCAGCUCUGCAGUUUUGCCAGAUAUUGCACUGUUCAGUGCAGGGACCAGGCCUGGGAAUAUUAUCACUGUGUUGAAUGCACAGUGGGUGGCCUUCUUCUUGUUUUGGGUGUUUUCUGCCAUACAGCACUGAGGACUGUCCUGCUGACUGGUUACAAGCAGCUUUCAGAAGUCUUCUUACAUCAGACAUCUCGUAAGUUUCAGGCCUGUGCUGCAGAUGAAGAACCUAAUCGGACACAUUCCAGUGAUUAUAGAUCUGUAUUCAGUCUUCUGUCACACAGUGAGAAUCAUAGAGGGGAGCACAAGUUUCUCUGUGCACUUACUAGUUCAGCAUUGUGCAAGAAAUUGGACAUUGGUCUGCUGAGAAGCAUGGGAGCGUCGCCCCGGACUGAAGAAUCGGUGUCACUGGAUGCCCAUGAAAUGCAGAUACUUGGGUCUGCAAUACUUCUCCACAUGCUUCAGCUCCACUGUAAUGCCCAGGCCGUGACUGUUAUCCAUGAAGAAUAUGAAGAGCCUGCCACCUCACUGGUUGAAAGCUGCACCAGUUCACGUCUGGCCACAGCGCUGUUCCCUGUCCUGAGCCUGCUGAAUCAUUCUUGUGACCCGAACACUAGUGUGUCCUUCCAAGGCAGAUGUGCCAUGGUCAGAGCUAGCAGAGCAGUCAGAAAAGGAGAAGAAGUACUCCACUGCUAUGGGCCGCACAAAUUGCGAGCAAAUGUUGAAAAAAGGCAAAAGUUGCUGAAGGAUCAGUAUUUUUUUGCUUGCCAGUGCGAGGCUUGUACUCAAGAGCAGGUGUUAACGAAUGACACCAUCCAUGAUUUCUGUUGUCCCAAAUGCCAUUCCUUGCUAAAGGGUGAAGAUGAGCUGCACUGUGUUAAUCAAUCCUGUGCACAUUGUCUGAGAAGAGAGAAGGUUUUGCUCCGUCUCCAGAAUCUUCAGCUUGCUGUUCAUAAGGCUCGGGAGCAAUUGCAGAGCAACCAUUCAGAGGCAGCAAUAAGGACGUUGAUGUCUUGUUUAUCAGAAGGCAAAGAAUUUCUCUCUCAGAAUCACAUGCUGUUUGGAGAGAUCUUUGAUCAGCUUGCUCAGGCCGAGGCCUCAAAAGGCGACUGGGCUGCGGCAGCAGGGCAUCUUAAAAAAAGUGUUCAGCUGGUGAGUCAACGGUAUGGUCCAUCCAGCAUGGAAUUGGGACAUGAACUUUUCAAGUUGGCCCAGAUUUUAUUUAAUGGACGUGAAGUAGAUGAUGCUAUGGGUGUUAUUCUGAGAGCACAGGACAUUCUGUCGGUGCACUAUGGACCUGACAACAGCAUGGUGCAAGAGCUGCAAGAAAUGAGGACAUGUCUACUGGAGCUGUCUGGGAUGAGCUCUGUAUGGGAGAAAUGAUUUCAAAUGGACUACCGAAAGCUUGUGGUUCUUCUUGUUUUCCCAUACUUCACAAAAAACAGUACUUUUAUGUGAUUGCAUCUCUCAGCACUUGUGAACUCCCUGGACACACUUGCAAUUAACGUAUCUUUGUGAAGCAACUGCUUAGGGAGCGUUCCUGACUAAUUAGACUUGUUACACAUUCUGUGGAUGGUGCUAUUCCCUUCGCAUGAAUUAUUUUUAUAACGUGAAUAACUCCACGACUGGGUUAAUUUUCUAUUAAAGCAAUGAAACAGAGGAGACAUGAUUCCUGAGCAAUAAGUAAAUCAGACUUUAUUGCAUUGGAUUGCUCUAGCAUAUAGCAGUGGGUAAGAGUUCAGCUGAGACCUCACCAGUAUAUAACAGAACACCAGGUAGGAUUUCCUAGGAUGUCUAAUAUUUCUUGGAAUUUUAUUUUUUUUUUCCUUUUGGAAGGAGUCGCUCCUAAUUUAAACAUCAAGCACUAUAUAAGAAGAUACAGGGGUAAAAUAAGACAUUCAAUUUGAUACAUGUUCAUCAUAGUGUCUUACGCUUCAUGAUGUAAUUUCUUACAUUGGUGGCAUAUCGCUAGGAUAUGCCACCAAGGUCAGGUUCAGGACCCAACUCUGGGACACACAGCUGUCUCCAGGAUGGACCGCCCCAAAGUGAAUGAGAACACAGCACAUGCAUGGUGCGCUCUCCAUUCACUUCUAUGUGAGUCUGGAAAAUAGCCGUGCAAGCGAGCAUUACGGUUUUCUGGAACUCCCAUAGGAGCAAAUGGAGAGCAUACUGCGCAGUCGCAGCCACCCUUCAUUCACCCGGAAAUAGCUGGGCCUGUGCUCCGUUAUUUUCAUGAC